AUGAUUCUCCAUCUAACCUUUGUGCUUAUUGGCAGUGGUUAUUUUCUUGCCGUGAGUGCAUAUGAGGACCAAUUUGCUGUGUUGUCUGUCUCUCUAUCAGCUGGCAGCGAUAUUAUUGACAAGGUACAUUGAUAUUCUUGGUUCAAUUAUUCAACUACUCAAUGUUUACGGUUCAACUGCUCAUGGAAAAGUUUAUGCCAACAUUGAUUUCUGCCUGAUGUCUCACCGGUAUUUUUUUUCGGAUUUUGAUGUCAUAAUUUCAGAUAAUCUACUACCCAUCUGAAGAUAAAGGAGGAACACACAUCGGGAAGGCUUCACCAAGGGUGAAUCUCUGUGGUACGAUUUGGAGCAUGUCCUUCAUUUCAAAAGGCAAUGAACAAGUUGGUGGAGAUGAGCACGACUGUCUAUUGGCACUGGUUGUGCAUAUGUAAGCAUUCACUUUAUUAUUCUCUGUCCUGAUUUUCUUUGAGUAUUUCUGAAUUAGAUUGGACGAAUCACCUGGUGUUAUUAUCUUAAUGGAAUUGAACAUCUCUUUGGUUACUGAUGUAAAGAAUGACUGAACUUGUCGCCGCAGGAAGGGUGCAGCUCUUAAUGAAUUAUUGCUUUUUGGAUGCAACAGCUCAGAAAAUACUAUCGAAGUUAUUUCCUUGUUCUCAGAAGCUGGAACUUUAGCUUUAGGCAUAACUGAAGUCCCUCAUCUUUCUGGUUUUGCAGUUCUUUUUAGACUGGGUGAUAUUAUUUUGAUGGAUUUAAGGGACCCAACCAAUCCCUGUUCGAUUCAAAAAAUUAGUUUAAAUGCUUCUGUGGCUGACGAUCAUAGUUCUGAUGAGUCAUCGAGAGGUCUGGAUGUUGAUGACGAAGGUAUGUUCGAGGCUGCUGCUUGCGCACUCCUAGAACUAAGAGAUUCAACAUGCAAAUUCGUGUCAUCAUGGGCUUGGGAAUCAAGUGAUUCGAUUCGUCCAAAGUUGGUUGUGUGUAUUGAUACAGGAGAAUUGUUUAUGAUCGAUAUCCACUCUGAUUUUGAAGGAGCUAGAAUGAUUUUGUCUAAUUGUUUCUUCAGCGUAUCACCUUGCAAGGUUCUUUUGUGGGCUGAAAGGGGAUUCAUCGCAGCAAUUGUGGAAAUGGGAGAUGGAAUGAUCCUCAAGUUGGAACAUGGAAGGCUUCAGUGCACUUAUCUCAUACAGAAUGUUUCACCGAUCCUAGAUUUAUGCCUUGCUGAGUGCCAUGAUGAAAAACAGGAUCAGAUGUUUGCAUGCUGUGGAAUGAACCCUGAAGGAUCAGUGAGGAUAGUAAGAAGUGGUGUUAGUGUGGAAAGACUCCUGAAGACUCUUCCAAUAUAUGAAGGAAUAACUGGUACGUGGGCGAUGCAGAUCAGUGAGAAUGAUUCUCAUCAUUCUUUUCUUGUGAUAUCGUUCGUUGAAGAAACCAGAGUACUUUCUGUUGGUCUGAGUUUCUCUGAUGUUACUGACGCUGUUGGUUUUCAGGCUGAUGUGUGUACUUUGGCAUGUGGCCUGCUGAGUGAUGGAAUUCUAGUGCAGAUUCAUAGGACAGGAGUAAGAAUUUGUUUGCCUGUAGCAUUUGCUAAAGGAGAACGUUCUGCACCCGUAUGUGCAUCUUGGUAUCCCGAUGACAUGACAAUCAACUUGGGUGCAGUUGGUCGUAAUUUGAUUGUUGUGGCUACUUCAAACCCUUGCUUCAUCAUUCUCCUUGGCAUUCGUGCACCCUCAACAUAUGAAUACGAAAUAUAUGAAAUUGGAAAUAUGAGACCGCAGAACGAAAUAUCUUGUAUAUCUAUACCUAAGAAAACAUUCAAUCAAGGAUCCUUGAGGCCAAACAUUAGUCUUGCAGAAAAAAUUGUUGAGAGCGCCAUUCCUCCUGGAUUUGAGUUUGAUAUGACGUUUGUUGUCGGAACCCAUAAACCAUCAGUGGAGAUUCUAUCAGUCAUACCAGGUAAAACAUGCAGGCUCAUAGCUGUUGGAAGCAUAUCAAUAACUAACACGUUUGGAAGUCCUCCUAGUGGGUGCAUACCUGAAAAUGUAAGAAUCGUGGUAGUUGAUCAGUUCUAUGUGCUUGCUGGAUUGAGAAAUGGAAUGCUUCUUCGCUAUGAGUGGCCCGCAAUUUCUUCAGUGUUUCAGUCAGGUGUUCCAAUUCUAAGUCCCUUCAGUCAAAGUCAUCUGUAUAACCCUCUUCCAAGCUCUACAAGCUCGUAUCAUGCUGGGUUAUUCCCUAUGAAUGUAGAAAAUAUGGAUGCCUCUUUUCCUCUGUCUUUACAGUUGGUUGCUUUCCGGCCCAUUGGUGUAACCCCCGUCUUUUUAGUUCCUCUUCAUGAUUCACUUGAUUCAGAUAUAAUUGCACUCAGUGAUAAACCUUGGUUAUUGCAAGCUGCACGGCAUAGCCUUGCGUAUACAUCUAUACCGUUCCAAUCUGCUACCCAUGCAACCCCCGUGAAUAGUGAUGCUUGUCCUAAGGGAAUUUUAUUUGUUGCUGAGAACUGCUUACAUCUGGUAAGUCGGACCGAUCAUCCUCUCUUCUAUGAAAUUAUCAUUUCUCUCUCAAGCCUGUUUAUGGAUUGUACAUAUGAAUACACAGUAUUGUGACUUUAAUAUAAGCAGUCAAUAUAUGCUACGUUUUGAUGGAACUUCUUACUUGUAUGAAGCAUGAAUUAUGUUCGCACCAUGAGUAGGUUACUGGUUUUGGUCAUAGCCUCUGGCUUGUCAUAGAUAUUCCCCGUAAUAAACAAUUUUCUAUCGACCUAUUGUUGUGACAGAUUUUUUAUGGCAUGUUUUUAGUAUCACACUUACACAUCACUUGAGCUACCUGACAGUCGGAGUAUUCUUAAAAUCACGCCUUCUCCUUGGUGUCAAAUAAAAUGUUUUCAAAUGUUUGUCCAGAAUGUAACGAAUGGAUCACACGUUUGAACUUUAGGCUUAUAGGUACCAAUUGAGCUUCAUAUCCAUCCUCUCCGCGAGCUGAUAUUCCUCAUUAUAUUAUUAAUUAAUAAGAUAGUGAAUCAAGAGUAUAUAUGGGAUCUAGAAGAUUGGGAGGACGAGGACCGUGAUUGGUUGGAUCAGGCUAGUAGGUUGGAAACUUCCUUUUUAUUCUCAGAAUUGGAUACAACUACAAUUUUUAAGAUAUAUGUAUAGUUAGUUAGAAGUGUGCAAUCAUUAAACUAACAACAAGGGACCCUUAUACAAAAUUAACUCUUCACUCCCUCACUUUGGUAAGGAUGGUGAAUUGGUGCGCGGUCGAUAGCCAGCAGCUCCAAGUUAUUUUGUCUUCCUUUCUUCUCCUUUUUCCUUCUUCCUUCCAAGGGCAUGUUGAUAAGAAUGCUGCCUCUGGAAACUGGUUGUUAUGAGUCAAAUGUGGUGAAUUCAUACGAGAUUCAGUUGAUCUGACCUGAUUAGCUGUCUUUGAUAUCUUGAAGGUGGGAUCAGAGGUCCUUUCUGAAUUAGAUUCACUAGUGAUGAUCCUGUUCCGUAUCCACUGAUCCUGUAUAACAUGUUGACUUAGUAUAAUGUUGAACAUGGACGUUAGAGUAAAGGUUGCGAAAGGAAAAUGAUUACAGUUAAUACAUAGUGGACAUAAUGAGGGAUUCACUGAAGGGGCAAACGAUUUCUAUAGGGAGUUGUGCAGUAAUGAGAAAAGUUGCCAAGAUUUGUACGAGUUUGAGGGUGCCUCAUAGGUAUCACAUGGGAAAGCAUAGUGACUGUUCAGAAUAAUUCACUGACGUUGUAGCAUAGUCUACUGUAGGGAAAACCAUGGUGGAUUGUUAAAAAAUGUUUUCCUUCUAGCGUUCUUGGAUUCACAAGGAGGGCUUUCAAGAUCGUUUUGAUUCGUUUCAUGAAAUAGAUGAGAUAACUCAUUUGUCAGAGGAACUAAUUGAACCUUAGGCAAUCAUUUUGGUGGGAAACCUUUGUAAAAUUGCUUUGGUUAUCGCCUAUGACUAGUCACUAGAAGUAGCUUUUUGUAAUUCAGGUCUAUUGUGGAAAACUGCCAGCUUUGUGGAAGAUCAAUUUUUAUAAUUCAGGUUUAUUGUGAUAUGAACUCAAGAUUGAAUGUAGGAUCUACUUGUUAUCCUAUGCUAUAAGGUCUUUUCCUGUUGCCUUUGUUGGCCCACCGCUGACUACAGAUCAAUCAGGAAGUUGAACUGAAAAAUCCAGAUUGAAUGAAUUAUGAACUAUGAUUCAGGGAGACCUCUUAAUGUUUAAAUCAACCCCAUUGGUAUGAUUGUUUGUCAAACAUCUGCUUUAUAUGCGGUUUUCAAUAAACUGCAUGUAGUGAGCCAUGCAAGUUGCAAAAUUAAUGACUUUAAAAUAAAAAACUUUUUGGGUUGGGGGGUGGGAAGUCAUGGUCACGUUUGGCGCUUAACUGAUCCAGCCACCCAACUUGAUUCAGGUCAGCAUUAGGACUCGACUGAUCCGACCUCCUAAGUUGAUUCAACUACCAUGGCUUAGUUCUGUUGCUGCAAUAUGGGUAAUUGCAUGGCCCUUUUCAUCUUCCUCCCAAUUUUGUGCAAUUAGUGAAUAAACACUAUAAGAUAUAUGUUCAAGGAGACUGUACAAGCCUAGAUAAAAACUCUUUUCGCUCAUUUCUCCAGUUCUAAAAAUGGAUGUAACUGGGAGAUUCGUGGCUAGAGAUGAUCAGCCUUCAAGUAAUUGUCCAGAUCCCUUGGAACUAAAUCUAUUUUCCAGGCGUGGCAGAGAAGAUAAUGCUGCAAAAUCAGGGAACAGAAGACAACGGGAAAGAGUUGCUAUGGCGCUUGCUGUAACCAUUCUUUUGUCAGAGGAAAUGUGACUCAUUCCAAGUUGACACCAGAGCGUUACACCAUUGUGCCAUUGCAUUCUGCUCUUGGUUGAACGUUUCCGUUUUUCUCCCAUCUCCUCUACCCUUCUCUCUUUCAUCUUAUUUCCUUCUAUCCCUUUAUCUGUUCUCUCUGUUAUUUCUUGAUUUUUCUGGAUUACCUGAGUGGACUGAUUUUUGGCGCAUUGGUCCUUACAGAACCAUGAAACACACUUGACACCUCAUUAUAAAUUCUUGGAAACAGGUUUAGAUCACCUUAGAAAGCCAGGAGAAUCUUUUUUUCUCUCAAAUUGGUUUCAAAUGAACUAACAGUCCUUGUUACUCUUUAUUUGCUUGUAAGAUAUGUUUUUGUGCAAUUCAUCUCUCUAUGGAUAUUGAUGGUGAAAGGUCUUCCUUAUCGACUUUUAGCUUACUAGUCAAUUUAUUGUUUGCUAAUGUGGACCUGACUCAUCCUCUCUGCCUGCUUCUCCUGAAUGUAGAAAUCAUGGCCUGUGCUGUUUUAGAUAACAAUGAUUGUUUAUGGAAGCAUAUUUGAAUCAUUGAUAGUUAGCCAUGCAACUAAUUUUCUCCUAUGUCUAAAGGUAGAAAUUAUUCACAGAAAGAGGCUUAACGUUGGAAAGUUUGGCCUUGAGGGGAGCCCUCGCAAAAUUUUAUACCAUAAUGAGAGCAAAACGUUGUUAGUUAUGAGAAGUGGACUCUGUGAUGAUUCAUGCUUGUCAGAUAUCUAUCGUAUGGAUCCGCUUAGUGGUUCAGUGCUUGCAAGGUUCAAAUGCGAAAGUGGCGAAACAGCAAAAUCCAUGCAAAUAGCUAAGGUGGGAAAUGAGCAAGUAUUGGUUGUUGGAACUAGUCGAACACAAGGAAGAGUUAUUAUGCCGAGCGGUGAAUCUGAGAGGUUUGUUUCCGUCUUAAUGUUUGUAGUUUCCAUCGUGAUUAUGAUUUCAACUAGUAUGGUUAAUGUUUUAGAUAGUGGUUUAUGUAUAAUACUGAUACCCAAUUUGUGAUAAUGUGGACUUUGCAUGCUCCUUCGAAAUUUGACAAUCAUGUUGCCUUUAUCUUGAUAUUUAUGUUUUUAGAGAAGUAAUUCCCCUCGGACAGCUCAAGUUGAUUCAAUUAAGCGUUUUUGUCACAGGUUCUAGUAGUUCUACUGGAUUCAUGUCUUUUCUCAUUUGAGCUGUCAUUAAUACUGAUAAUUCUCUUAACAGUACAAAUGGACGCUUAAUCGUCAUCAGCCUUAGGAUGACAGGAAGGUUAGAUAACAAUUCUCCCACGUACUCUUUGGACAUUGCUUCUUCUUCCACGUUUCGGUUUCCAUUUUAUGAAACUGUUGGAUAUGCCACUGAACAUUUUUUUUGGCAGCAGUCUUUGUAGGAGCCCAGACAACACAUAUGACGAAGUUCAACUAGACAAUAUGGAAGCAGAACAGUUGCAAGUCGUCGCCUGUCUUUCCAUGCCUGGUGUUGUCCUUUCAGUCUGCUCCUAUCUCGACCGCUAUAUCUUGGCGUCUGCUGGAAGCUUUGUAGGAUUUCUCUUUCUGUGGACCUCAAUAAGUAUACAAAAUAUUACAUUAAUAAAUCCUUUGUGAUUAGAGCGCACAUUGUUAUGAUUAAUUAAAAUCUUUUUUUAUUUAAUCAGCUGUGUGUAUGUGGGUUUCUCAAUGACAAUCCACACCGGCUAAGAAGGCUUGCCACCAUGAAGUCACGGUUUACAAUUACUUGUUUGGCAGCCCAUUUUACAAGAAUUGCUGCUGGUGAUUGUCGUGAUGGUAUCCUUUUCUAUACUUACCAAGAGGUACGUUCCGUUGCCAUCUAAAAGUACUUCAUCUUGUUUCUGUUUGAGGUAGAGUAAAUUUUAAACCUUUGGAUUCUGACUUCACUUUUAUGUCCUCCAUGGGUUUCAUUUAACUUAGUUGAGUCCAUAUAUCGUUUGCUACUGAUUAUUUUGUUGUCAGACCCUUAAACUUACAGCAAUGCUUCAUUUUGUAGGACCUUAAGAAACUUGAGCUGUUGUACUGUGAUCCAGUUCACAGAUUAGUUGGUGAUUGUGCCCUUAUUGACCUGGACACAGCUGUGGUGUCAGAUCGAAGGGGGAGCAUAUGCAUACUUUCAUCCCCAAAUCAUUUAGAAGGUGCAUUAACAAGUCUUCAAUGGUGCCGUGCCUUUUAAAAUUUAUUGAGAUAAUCCUUGUGCGUAUGGUAGAUUUUAAGCUGUCACUCCUCCGUCUGUUAUUAUGGCAACCAGCCAAUUUCACAUAUUCGAUAAUUAUGAUUUCAAACACUCUUCCUUUUAGUAAGUUUUUAUAUUCCAACUGGACUGGUAGUAGCCAAUUCAGUUUAUAGAUAUAAACAUAUUGGAGCUCUAUACAAUGUUUACCAUGCAAGAUCCUAGGCGCAUCUGUUUGCGUCCUAACCACCGCUAGACUAGACUCCUCUGUUCCCAAGCAUUUUCAACAUUUGCCAACGAGGACAAAAUAGAUAAUUUUCUAAAAUGAAAUGGUAAGCUUUGGACUGAGGUGAUAUUUUGUAGAUUGGCAUGCCGGUCUUCAGCUGAUUCGUAGUUUAUUGGGUUAUGAUUUACCUGUGCAAGCUGACAAAUAGUCAAAGUUGUGGCUGCAUGGACCAAAGCGAUUUCCUGUUAAGUUCUAGGUGUGUGUAAGGUACAUUCAAGCAAAUGUCAAUAGUAUUUAUAGUUUUGUGCUGUCAUGGAAUAUUAGUAAUGAGUGUCAACCAGUAGCCACUUUUUUUGUUAUCGUUCUGAACUCAUGUGAUUGCUUGUCUUUUUCAUUCACUCAACUCUUGAUGAUCUUUGCAUGUUAUUUACUUUAUGUUAAGAAGAUGAAGAAAUUUCUAUAUGUUUUCGUCUUUAAUUAUUUAUUAUCUUUUAUACCAAACAUCCAAUGUGGCGGGGUAUUUUUCUUACUUAUUAUAUUUUGGGCUUCCCCUGCUUAUAAAUAGAGUGAGGUGCUGACGCCCCCAACUUUCUAGCUGGCUAUCUUUACCAACAAGACGCCUAUGCUGCAAGAGAAACAUAUAUUCGGUGUAGGCCAUGAUCCUCUUCUUUCUCGAUGUAGGCCUUAUUUCUAUUUCCACCCUCUAGUCUAAUUGACUCUCAGUCAGCCACGCUUUUAGCCAUUGUGGAUUUCUUUAUCUGCCCUUGCUCAUUUUUGUUGAUAGGUUAAUCAAUUUAGUUGUAUAUACAUCUGAUCUGUUUCACAUUUCUUGACAAUUCUGAUUUACCACCUAGACAGAAAUUCUGACGACAAAUUCAACCCAACGUCUGUUUUACUCUAGCAAGUUUUAGUAAACGUAAGUCAGGACACUGAAUCCAGUUUUCACACGUAGCCAUAUUUCAAGGAAAGCGAUGGUCAAAGUUAGAGUUAAUAAACUGACAGUCCCCCCUAUUUAUUAGAGUGCAUCAUUUUCCAUCUUACAUUAGGUCUCUUUGGAUAAUGAAAUAUCCAUCUUACUUAUUUGCCUUCGGGGCAUAUAUUUAAGUUCGCAUCCCAUUAGUUGCCUAAAGACAUAGCGUAUUGGGAAGCCUUCUGUCAGUCAUUCUUCCCCCCAACUCAUGAGCAAUGUUCCCAUGCUAGGGGUGAAUUCCUUUGUCCGUUAGCCCUCGGAUCACCAUUAAUAUGACUUGAUGUUCAGAUCGAAGCAAGUAGACCUUUAUGGCACACUUUAAACUUAAAAUCUAUCAUGUGUUUCGACUAAAAUUUAAUUAGUUGAAUGAAGUUUUCAUUCCAUUUUUGACGUUUAAGAUUCUGUGGUAUUAUACCAUCUCUGAUUCCCUUUGACAUCGUAACUGCUCUUUUUGCUGUAGAUAAUGCAAGCCCGGAACGUAACUUAAGAAUUAGAUGUUCGUACUACCUGGGAGAAACAGUAAUGAGCAUUCGAAAGGUAGAUUCCACCUCUCUAUUGGUCAUGAACAGCCAGUGGUAUCUUCACUGUUACGGUGUGAACUUUUGUCUGUAAGGAAAUAUCUUCUUCCUUUAUGUCAAAGUCCAGAAACUACGCGCAAAUUAUCAUUUUUUCUCGGUUGAUACUGUUUUGUGAAUCCUGCUAUUGUGAAAUCAAAAGAAUUGGGCUUCUCACACCAGAGCAGGAAGGUUUUUUGGUCCUAGUGGGCAUGCAUGUGCUGUGCUGGUUAAGGGAUGGAAAUAAAAGUUGGCGAAAAAUUAGGAGAGACAGUUGUAAGAUCUCCAAAUAGUCAUGGAAACAAUUUAGAGAUUCAGAAAGCAAUUUUCGAUUGCUCUGGGCACCGUGAUUUGGAGAGGGAAAUGAGGAAAAUGAAAGGCUGUCGAGACACUGUCUUUUCUUUAUAAAAAAACCAGUUUUAAAUCAGAAAUCUGUAAAUAUACUUAUUUGGUUAAUUUUAACUGUUGCGUUAAGAUUUCAGCUUUUUUGAGUAAUGUCGCAAGCUCUUAUUUUAAAUACAAUUUUUAGUCUGCAGGAACCAGUAGAUCAAGUUUGAUUUGGUUAGAUUCAUAUUAAUAAUUCUACUAGGCAAUUAAACGUAGUAGGACUCAUAUACAUUAGGACCAUUAUGUAUUGAUGUUCACACUCGGGGCCAACCAUCUUGAAAACUCUAUCACCAUUAGUCUGAUAGGAGAACCUGUCUUUACCUGCUGACCUUUCCUUGAUCUGAACAUGCCUCAUAUCAUCAGUACAAUGAUAAAACCUGCUGACCCGGUGGCAAAUAAAAGUCCAUAUUAGUGCCAAAUGAGUCUUUUAUUCCAUUUUUUUUCUCUUUUAUGUUUUCUUGAUUCCAGUUUGAUACAGAAUGAUAUGAGGGUUAGCCGGGGCUGCACAUAGAACUCUCAGUUUGAUUAGAAGUGACAAGCUGUUGUCUUUGUUGCGCGGAAUUUUUAUUCUGAUAUUGCUUAAUUUAAUAUCCUGCACGUUGACGUAGAAAUGAUUGAAAUUCUUCGCAUUCUAGUCUGUCUUCUUUUGAUUUAGUGGCAUUCUCGGUUAACCUUUGGUAAUUUUUUUCAUUUGUGGUUGCGGGGUGGGUUACGUUGGAAUCUUUCUAGAUCUUUAUCAGAUGUGAAGAUAUAAUAGAAGAAACUUGUUAUUGCACAUGAUCAUGCCAAAAUAAGAGGAUAACAGUUGAGAUUUAUUUUCCGUGUUCCUUGAGUUAUAGGUCUUUCAAUUUAAAACUGAUUACCUAUGAGUGAAGUAGACUCACCUUUCUAGGAAUACUAUACUUUGUGUCAACUAAUGUGAGAACGUUCUAGUAUGCCUCCCCAUGUGCAAGCUGACUUUCAGAUAUUUUUUCACGUGAGAUAUCAUGUUAAUUUGACAGAACCAUCAAGCUCAAGACGAAUUGACAAGUAAUGGAGUAGUCCUAUCUUUUUAAGCACAGGUUUACCGUUUGUAUCAAUGAAAUGGGACUAUUCAAACAUUUGUAAAAACAGAGAUCAUAGAUUUGUAAAAUCAAGAUAAGUAUUCAUUUAGAAGGGUACUGAUGAGACUGUGAUAACAGAUCUGAAAGAGUUCUCAUGGUCAAAAGUUCGGCUCUUGAUGAUAUUUUGGUGAAGAAAUAUUAAGAUUAUUGAUAUUAAAUCAAAAAGAAAAUAUUAGUAUAAUUUUGUGUGAAGAAUUAAGGUUUUUUAUUUCCGAGUAAUGUUUAGUUUGAUUCCUCUGGGUAAAAUUCUAUUAUGUCCGUUAAAUGUAUUUUUUUUAGUACAUUUGAUGCCUUUGCAACAUUAAGAAAAGAAAAAACUCUAGAAUAGAGCAAAAAAGGGGAUUGCACAGGGAUCCUCCAAGCAUCGAAAUUCACUUUAUUUAUUCGUUGGCUGUUGAUCACCGGAAACAUCAACUAUUUAUUGCUUUAUGCUUAAAUUACGACAACAUCAAAAGACAGAAAACGUGUGGAAUAUUCCCCAGUCUUCUUUAAAUCAUGCUAGAUAUUUAGGAAUGCCCAAUAACUCGUUGAAGACUUUGGACUGGCCAUCUUUCCAAAUGACAUUUCCUUCUCCCUGUCUAGCGCCACACACCCCCUCCACCUUAUUGGGUUUUCUUCCCUUGUUUGGUGACCACCUACCCUUGAUGUGCUCCCAGUACAAACAGUCACACCCCUGUGGGGGGCCCACCCUUCUCAUCCACCAGCUCACCAGGCCAUCCCCCGUCCCCCUUUAAGGUUAAUGUCGACGUUUGUUCUUCUAGUCAAGGCCAGAAGAAUCUUAACUUCAGUUUAAUUGAUAAAUGAGAACAGACUGUGAGGGACGGACUAAGUAAUCAUGGCUUUUGUAGUUUUGGCUUUUAGAAGGCAAAGGAAAAAUUGGAGCUUAUUGAUAUCUGAAAGGCAUUAUUACAUGGACCCAAACCCAAAUAUAGUUUUGUUUCCUUUGCAAGUUGAUAAAGUUCGUUGGAAUGUGCAUCAUAUAUCAUAGUCUGGUGAGAGAAAAGUUGUUUUAUUCGAGGCUGAGUAGAUAUUUCCUAACAUAUAGCUGCCUAUAAGCAUCUAGAAUGCACUGUAAAGAUCUGCACUAGCAGUCAACUUUCCUUUUGAUCGUACAGAAUUUAUUUAUUUUUUACUUUGAAAUGUUUUGAUGGAGCGAAUGCUUAUGAUUUUUUUAUUUUUUUAUUUUUUGCUUCCAACUUUAAAAAAUGAAAACGAUUCUGACCAUGAAAUUCCCACAGGGCUCAGAUUUAUACAAACUUCCGGUAGAUGAGGCAUCCAAGGCACACAGCAAUAGCAAGACGAGUCCCCAUUCCGCAAAAGGCAGCAUUGUGGCUGGCACAAUGUUAGGAAGCGUAAUCGCCUUUGUUCCUGUUACCAGGUGAGUGUCGUAAAUCUAAACCGUACAACUUCAACAUGUUAAACGAGUGGGUUUUCUUUCUCAUCUUUCUGAAGACGUGAAUUUUUAUAAGAACUGCUAAUCUAGCCAAAAGUCAUAAUUUCAGAGUUGGGCCAACUAAGGCCCAAACUCACCCCACCCAUUCGAUUGGUAAUCUGCCUGUUCUGAGGAGUAUCAAUCAAUCAAUAAAUAAAUAAAGAAUAAAAUAUAGAAAGUAGGAAAUAAGUUUGCGGUUGUGUUGUCUCUAAAAACUGGAAUAGUCCAUAGGAGGGUCCUCCCCUUAUAAGGCUACAACAACCAUUUUCAAGAAAUGAUGGGAAGAGAAGGCAUCUGGAUCAUCCUUCUAAUCCACCUUCUCUCCUAUCCAUGGAACUGUGAGACUCGGUUAACUCUUAUAGAAGAUGGAUGGAUGCUUGUCGAAACCUGUGUAUGCCCCUCACUGUGCUACGACGCCCUCCAAAAUCUGGAUGACUCUCUGUCAUCUUCUUAGUUUUGAAAUUUAUCAGAUAUUCCUCAAGAAAACUAUUGUUGGGGAGAUGCCCAAGAAAGGUUAUAAAGAAAAGGGAACGAUUGACAGAAGAAGAAGAAGAAGAAGAAGAAGAAGAAGAAGAAGAAGAAAAACAAACAAGGAAUAUAAAACAAAACGUUUGGUCAUCAAAAGUCCAGUCCCCUUUACUUCCGGGCUUGAGCAGAAGAAAUAGUUCGAAACAGAUGAUCUGCCCAGGACUGCCCUUGCGAUGGGCAACUUUGUCAAUGGAGUUUAACAAAUAUGUUAGUCUUUGAAAACCCUAAAAUCAUAUAUUCACAUGCUUUUCACAUUUACGGCACAGACAUUUCAGUGCGGCUGAUUCGAAGCUUAAAACACUAUCCUAAAUUUGCCGCAGUAUCAUCAGUAUGUUUUGAUGCACGAAUAUUCUGUAUGAUUAUCUUCCUUCAAGAGUACAGUGAGAGAUGUAUAGGAUUUGGCUUCAUCGAAAAAAAUCUUCACAGAGUAGAGAAUGAGUUAACAAUUAGGCAUCAACUGUUUUCGGUGCCCUAAUCUUGAGAUAGAAAUGCGACAUCUCCUAUGCAUGCAUUGAACCAGCUUAAAGAAGGAAAAGAUAGAAACCAGCUUCUUUAUGAUCGAUGGGUGUGUAUUUGAUGAUUGAAUCAGUCAGUUGCGCAUUGACUUUCUUCUCGAUGGUCUUGGUGCCUUUUAGCGUGAUUAUUUGUCAGAGCUUCAUCAGCCUAUCAUCUUGAAUGAAGAAUCUUCCUAAACCUCCGGGGGCUGUGAUUAUAUUAUAUCAAAGCCUCAUUACUAACUGUGCUCUUCAGAGCUCCCCAUUGCUGAUAAAAUCCCUGAAAAUAUCGUGAUUUCUUGAAAGCUAACUCUGUGAUAGGUAAUCCACUAGUGGUAUGUAUAGUGAUCAUAAGAUGCUAUUCUGGCCUUCUGAUCUGUCGAAACAUGUCAUUUGCAUGAAUUUCCAGCGAAGAACACAAGCUAUUAGAAGCUGUCCAAGCUAGACUUGCCAAUUACCCGCUGACAGCCCCCAUCCUUGGAAACGAUCAUGCCGAGUUUCGUGGGCGUGGAUUGCUGGUAUGUGACUACUUCCAACCUCUUUAAUCCCUACCGAGGAUAUUCAGUGCUCGUCUAUUCUUUUCCAUUUCGUCUCUACUGCGUGAUAUCUAAAAUCUGCAAUCUUAUCUGUGCAAGCUCUUACUAAGAUCUCAUCUCCUUUCCCACUUGUUAUCGAGAUGAGUAGAUUAUUUGGAAACAUGUGACGGAGGUACGUUCAGUUCUAUCUAGCUGCAAGCCGAUGCCAAUAAUGGUAAUUACGAACAAGCAAUUUUAAACCCUAACAAUGCCCGCGAGGAUCACUAAUCAUGCUUCAGCUCUUGGCUCUAUUAAUUUCGGCCCCUGAUUUCCAGGCAUAACAGUUUUUUUUUUUUUUUUCCUGAAAUGGUUUUCAUUUAUGAUGAGUUCUCAUAUCUUUCAGCUGACUUUCCGUUUAUUUUCUUCAUUAAAAAUACGCUGCCACUACCCCUGUCCAAGCCCUCUUUCAUUCAUUUUGACAUUCUCGCCCCUUCCACGGGGAGCGUUGACCGAGCUAAGUCCACGGGCCUGGCUAUUGGCUGUAUGGAACUCCGGUCAAACCUGCCAGAGAUAGAUUCUCUUGUUUUUUUUUGUUUUUUUUGGGGGGGAGAUAUCAAGAUGGAUUAUGCCAAGUUGAUAUUACAUGUCGCAUCUGUCCUUUUUCUUUUUUUGCCAAUCUAGGGUUAAUUCCUGAAAUUACGUUCGGGUGUGCGAACGAUUGACUGACUCCUUCGCCGGGGCGUUGUCUUCCCGAUGCAGGACGGAGUGCCCACAAUGUUGGACGGAGACAUGCUAGCACAGUUCCUAGAGUUGACCAGCAGCCAGCAAGAGGAGGUGCUGGACAUUUCCAGAAGCAGGCAGGCGGCGGAAGCUUCUUGGAGUCCGAAUCCUCCCGGGAUCUCCGUCGACGAGGUCGUACGGUUUCUCGAGCGAGUCCACUACGCCCUCUCCUAA